GUCACACACACGAACAUGCAAGUGAAGUCAAAUAUUUGAUACAAAAUUAAUUAAAUCUACUGUUAAAACUAAGUCUAAAGCAUGGAAGAUCUCUGCAUAAGUGGCCACCAAGUGCAGGUGCAGCCUGUUGCUCCAGCGGAACCCUUUCGCAUCACCACCAAUGCUCCACACCAAAUGAACGAUCCCAGCAUGACAGCGGGGCGCAAGACGCUGCAGAAAUGGUUGGGCCGUGUGCUGCGCAUCGUUAUAACCGAUGGUCGUGUGCUGGUUGGCUUCUUCAACUGCACGGAUCGUGAUGUCAACAUUGUGCUCUCCAUGUGCGCCGAGUAUCUGGUGGAGGGACAGGAGCCCCGUCUACUGGGCAACGUUAUGGUGCCGGGCAAGCACAUUGUGUCCAUCAGUAUUGACGAGGGCGAGCCCGCAGCAUCGAUUGCGGAAGUGGCGUAGUCAAAAGAAAAGAAAC